AUGCAUCUUGCCAGUUUGCUCAGCUCCUGCUCCCUCCUGCUGCUACUGGGGGCCCUGCCUGGAUGGGCGGCCAACAAUGACCCCAUUGAGAAGGUCAUUGAAGGGAUCAACCGAGGGCUGAGCAAUGCAGAGAGAGAGGUGGACAAGGCCCUGGAAGGCAUCAACAAUGGAAUCACUCAAGCUGGAAGGGAAGUGGAGAAAGUUUUUAAUGGACUCAGCAGUGUGGGGAACCAGGCCGGCAAGGAGCUGGACAAGGGCAUCCAGGGGCUCAACCACGGCUUGGACAAGGUAGCCCAUGGAAUCAACAAUGGCAUCGGACACACAGGAAAGGAAGCAGAGAAGCUUGCUCAUGGGGUCAACCAUGCUGCUGGACAGGUUGGGAAGGAGGCAGACAAAGUGAUUCAGGGGGUCCAUCAUGGGGCCAACCAGGCGGGAAGUGAUGCAGGGAGGUUUGGUCAGGGGGCCCACCAUGCUGCCGGGCAGGCUGGGAGCGAGGCAGAAAAGUUUGGCCAGGGGGUCCACCAUGCUGCUGGGCAGGCUGGGAGCGAGGCAGAAAAGUUUGGCCAGGGGGUCCACCAUGCUGCUGGGCAGGCUGGGAAAGAGGCAGAGAAGUUUGGUCAGGGGGUCCACCAUGCUGUUGGGCAGGCUGGGAGCGAGGCAGAAAAGUUUGGCCAGGGGGUCCACCAUGCUGCUGGGCAGGCUGGGAAAGAGGCAGAGAAGUUUGGUCAGGGGGUCCACCAUGCUGUUGGGCAGGCUGGGAAAGAGGGAGAAAAAAUAGUCCAGGGGGUUCAUCAUGGAGUGAAUCAGGCUGGGAAGGAGGCAGAGAAGUUUGGCCAGGGGGUCCACCAUGCUACUGGGCAGUUUGGGAAUGAGGCAGAGAAGUUUGGUCAAGGAGUCCACCAUGCUGCUGGGCAGACUGGGAAAGAGGGAGAAAAAAUAGUCCAGGGGGUCCAACAUGGAGUGAAUCAGGCUGGGAAGGAGGCAGAAAAGUUUGGCAAGGAUGUUCAUUAUGCUGCUGGGCAGGCUGGGAAAGAGGGAGAAAAAAUAGUCCAGGGGGUCCAACAUGGAGUGAAUCAGGCUGGGAAGGAGGCAGAAAAGUUUGGUCAGGGAGUCCACCAUGCCGUUGACCAGGCUGGAAAGGAGGCGGGUAAAGUGGCUCAAGGGGUCCAUGAUGGGGUCAACCAGGCCGGCAAGGAGGCAGAGAAAUUGGGCCACGGGGUCAACCAUGCUGCUGGCCAGGCUGGAAAGGAAGCGGAGAAACUUGGCCAAGGUGUCCACCAUGCUGCAGGCCAGGCCGGGAAUGUUCAUAAUGGGGUCAACCAAGCCGGCAAGGAGGCCAACCAGCUGCUGAAUAAUGGUCAUCCAGGCGGAUCCACCGCCCAGCACGGAGGGGCCGCAACCACAACCUUAACAUCUGGAGCUUCGGUCAACAAGCCCUUCAUGGCCUUGUCAGUCCUGUGGAAGAGCGUCACCAGCAUCAUUCCCUAA